UCCAGAAAAUACGGUACAUGUCGAGUUGUUGAAGCAUUUCCAUCCAUCCAUUCAUUCAUUUUCUAUGCUGCUUAUUCUCACCAGGGUCGCGGGGGUUGCUUGAGCCUACGCCAGCUGACAUGGGAAGAGAGGACGGGUACACCCCGGACCAGUCCAGCUUCAUCUCGUGUACUCUUACAGAGAACACAUCCACACCUGAAGAGCAGAAGUGUCUGGAGUAGCGGUAGAACCGAAUGAGACAUUAAGCAGAUCAGUCCUUCGGCCACCAUCCUCACCUUCUGACCUCCAGACUGAAAGAUCCUCACCAGAAGCGACAGCUGACCUGAUGGAAGCAGCAACCCUGGCUGAGAUGGGCGACUUGUGUCAUGCUCGCUCUUCCACCCCAGACGGGGAGACAGUAUGCGAGGCUCUAUGCCGGCAUGAGAACACCCUGAGGGAUGCCAUCAGGGAGAUUCACAUGGAUGUCAGUGCCUUUAAGCUUGGUAUGGAGCAUCGCCUGGAGGAGGCGGUCAGCCUGAGCGGGACUCUCGGACGAGCCGUGGCUCAGCUCCAGCUGGAGAACCACGAGCUCAGGGCUCAACUGCAAGCUCUGACACGACAAGUGGAGCUCCUCGGUGGGAUGAAGUGUGAUCCCAGCAGCAGUAAGAAUCGGCUCAAUGACGUCCACACAAACCAGCGGGACAUUAAGGAGGCCAUCGUUCAGAGUCACACCAGCCCCGCGUCCACCCCUGUCACCUACACAUCUUCACCCAGCUCAAGCAGUCCGCCCAUCGGGUCAAGAGUUUCCUCCAUGGUGACCAGUCCUGGUUCUAGUAGCAGCCCGUCCACUACCCGAUUCUCCAGUCGAGCCACAUUUGCUCUGUCCAGCAAAACCAGCACUGAACGAGAGGAGCCAAUCGACGUGGAUCCAGCCCCAACCCACGUUGGACUUGAGAACGGACACACCACAUCAACAGAACAUUCCUUGUUGGUACCUGGAAAGAGGUCUCCACACGGUGACUUCCCACUUGAACACACAGCCCCGGUUGCCAUGCGGAUGGCCCACUUCCCCAUCACUGCUACCACCAAGACAGCUGAAGCCAAGAGCUCCUCCGAGUCUCCCGGCAGCCCCGUUGCAUCGCACGCUUCUCCGGUCUCAGAAGCCUUCCCUCUUUGCCAAUCAUCUGCCGGUACAAUCCAGCCUCAACCAAGUGCAGAGUCCCCAAUUCAACCAGUGUCUUCUGUGAAGACAUGGACCCCGAUCAGAGCUGUGGGAACCUCACAUCAUCAAGAGAAGGCGGGUUUGACUCCUGUAAAAACUGUCACAUACGCAGGGCUACCUCACCAUGACAGAAAUGGUGGUGAUGAAGGCAAAGACAUACCCUUUGGGCUGGGGGGAGAAAGGAGGCGAGAGCUGGUGAGGUCACAGACUUUGCCAAGAAACAUUGGAGGCCAGGCGCGGCGUUCCGUCCUCGAGAGGUUGGGUUCAGAAGUCAGUAACAGUCACCCCAAAGCGGUGGAGUCCAAACCCAAACUGAAGCGUUCCCAAAGUUUUGGAGUUUCCAGUGCGAGCAGCAUCAAGCAAAUCCUACUUGAGUGGUGUCGCUCAAAGACAGUCGGCUACCAGAACAUAGACAUUCAGAACUUCUCAUCCAGUUGGAGUGAUGGGAUGGCUUUCUGCGCUCUGGUCCACUCCUUCUUUCCCAGCGAGUUUGACUACGAGUCCCUGUCACCGGCCAACCGCAAGCAUAACUUCGAAUUGGCUUUCGGAACUGCAGAGGUGAAGGCAAGCUGUGACCGGCUUAUCGAAGUGGAUGACAUGAUGAUCAUGGGUCGCAAACCAGACCCCAUGUGUGUCUUCACCUACGUCCAGUCCCUCUACAACCACCUGCGCAAGUUUGAAUGAACGCUCUUCUUUUUAAGUCAGGCGCUAGAUUAGACUGCCCUCUUGUGGUGAAUUGGAGAACGGUAUAACGUGUGCACGUGUGUGUAAACCCAUUCAAUGGAGACAAUUGUCAGACAGUGUGUUUUGUUUUAAAGUGUCAUUUCCCAACAAUUGUUGUUAUGAUUAUCAUAUUUCGAUGACGUUGAACUCAAGCCGUUUGUGCUUGGGUUGGCAUUUGUGACAAAUACAUCACAUCAGGGUUUUCCAUAAAGAUAAGAAUUUGUGAUAUUUUCCUAGCUUGUGUUAUAUGAAUUUAUUGAAGAAAUAUAGUAUAAAAAGUUGAAUUUUAAUAUCCGACAUACCAUUAAAGCGCUUGAAAUGUUAAACAGCUUUAAAACCACCUUAUAAUGGCAGAAAUGAGCUUUUAGAAAUAAGCUAGUUUACCGGAAACAAAGCCAUUUUGGGGAAGCAAAAGCCUAGCUUGGAUGGUCACAUGACUACUAUGUCACAUGACUACGUAUGUCUUUUAACAAGCUUUUGUGGUUGGAAAAGGAUACGUCUGAAAAAGUAGUUUGCCUAUGAAUCAUCUUAAAAUAAGGCACAAAGAAUGAGAAAUGUUGUAGUGUUUGUCAAGUGAAACAGAAUGAUGAUUUAUUUACACUGUAUGCUGUGAUGUUGUUGUGGUCAAUUAAAAAAUAUAUUAUUGCUUUUCAUCUUUCUUUUUGGUCAAAAUAAAUAAUCGGAAAGUGA